AUGAGAAACCCGUUGUCGUCAAGAAGCAAGAAGGAUAACGUCACCAUCCACUCGUUCUCGUCUUCUAAUUCGAACAACAACAACAACAACAACAACAACCAUAAUAAUGAUUUCGAAAUGAAAGACGUCAAACCAAAGGAAAGGGAAAUUGGAACAGCUUCCAUUACGGAACAGGAAAACAUCAUCGAGUAUUUCGGAGAGAAAUCAAACGAUGAUACUUCUUCCUCUCCAGUCACUCGUCAAUACGUGAGUGGUGCCGACUUCGAAGAACAUACCACCAAACCUUCUAGAAUUAGAAAUUUCAUGGACUCUUUCAAGAGGGCUGAACAACAUCCAACCAAUGUUAACAAUAACGGUGCCAAUUCCGAAUCUGAUUUGGAAAAUAUGAUUCUAUAUAACGAAGAUGGGACUCCCAAACCACUUCCUCAUCAUCAUGACGCCCAAAUUAACGAUAACAGUAAAUCUGAUGAAUUGAAAAAGACAAUUAAACCAAGACAUGUCCUUAUGAUCUCCCUGGGAACAGGAAUCGGUACCGGUCUGUUGGUCGGGUUAGGGUCUUCUUUAGUCCAAGCUGGUCCUGCAGGUUUGAUUAUCGGGUUUGGUAUUAUGGGGUCUUGUCUGUAUUGUAUUAUUCAAGCUGUCGGGGAAUUAGCCGUCGCUUACUCUGAUUUGGUCGGUGGGUUUAACGCUUACCCUUCAUUUUUAGUCGAUGAAGCCUUUUGUUUUGCUGUCGCUUGGUUGUAUGCCAUUCAAUGGUUAUGUGUUUGUCCCUUGGAAUUAGUUACUGCAUCAAUGACAAUUAAAUAUUGGACUACAAAAGUCGACCCAGAUAUCUUUGUCAUUAUCUUUUACAUUUUAAUUAUCGGUAUUAAUUUACUUGGUGGUGCCGCAGGUUAUGCAGAAGCUGAAUUCAUUUUCAACUCUUGUAAAAUCAUGAUGAUGAUUGGGUUCUUUAUCUUGGGGAUCACUGUCAUUUGUGGUGGUGCUGGUACAGAUGGUUACAUCGGUGCUAAAUAUUGGCAUGAUCCUGGUGCCUUGAGAGGGGAUACCAGUAUUCAAAGAUUUAAAGGUUGUAUGGCUACUCUAGUUAACGCUGCAUUCGCAUUCGGUAUGUCUGAAUUUAUCGGGGUCACUGCAUCAGAACAAUCUAACCCACGUAAGGCUAUCCCAUCUGCUGCAAAGAAAAUGAUUUACAGAAUUCUUUGUAUGUUCUUAUCAUCCAUUACCAUCGUUGGGUUCCUUGUUCCAUACAAUUCUGAUCAAUUAUUAGGUUCCACUGGUAGUGGUGUCAAGGCUUCUCCAUACGUCUUAGCCAUCUCUACACAUGGUGUUCGUGUGGUACCUCAUUUCAUUAACGCCGUUAUCUUAAUCUCUGUGCUUUCCGUGGCCAAUUCUGCAUACUAUUCCAGUUCUCGUAUGUUAUUAUCCCUAGCUGAACAAGGUUACGCUCCAAAAAUUUACUCUUACAUUGAUAGAGAGGGGAGACCUCUAGUUGGUAUGGCUACUGCUGCCAUAUUUGGUGUCAUUGCAUUCUGUGCUACUUCUCCAAAGGAAGAUGAAGUCUUUGUUUGGUUAUUAGCCAUCUCUGGUCUAUCUCAAUUAUUUACAUGGAUGGCCAUUUGUAUUUCCCAUAUUAGAUUCAGAAGAGCCAUGCAUGUACAGGGACGUUCCAUUGGUGAACUGGGGUUCAGAUCUCAAGUGGGUUGGUACGGGUCCGCAUACGCUGCCAUAAUGAUGUUCAUGAUCUUAAUUGCUCAAUUCUGGGUCGCCUUGGUUCCAAUUAACGCUGAUUUGACAAUUAAAUUGGAUGCUAAGAAUUUCUUUGAAAAUUAUUUGGCUAUGCCUAUCUUAUUAGCAUUCUAUUUCGGUUACAAGAUUUGGAAGAAGGAUUGGAAAUUAUUCAUUAGAGCCAAGAAUAUCGAUUUGAUCUCUCACAGAAAUAUCUUUGAUGAAGAGUUAAUCAAACAAGAAGAAGACGAAUACAGAGAAAGAUUAAGAACCGGUCCAAAAUGGCGUAGAGUUUACGAUUUCUGGUGUUAA